AUGGGGGAUGGUGAUGAUAGCAAGAGGGAGUUAAGAGCUGCAAAUAUGGAGAAUCUUUCUCUGGAGAUUGCAAGCAAUAGAUUUUCAAGGGACUUGUUGCAGAGGUUUAUGGGUAGUAGUAGUGAAUACGAGGCAGCGAAAGAGGAGGAUGAGGAGAUUGAGUUGAAUCUUGGGUUGUCACUGGGGGGCCGAUUUGGUGUAGACAAGAGUUCUAAGAAGUUAGUGAGGUCCUCUUCUAUAGCAGAGUGUUUACCAUUCGUGAGAGAUGAUAAUGAUGCGGUGGCACCACCGGUCGUGUACAACAGCUUGAUGAGGACCUCUUCAUUGCCCGCGGAGGACGCGAAGAACCACCAACAAGGCGGUACCGGCGUUGGCGGGGAAGGUCUUCGGCAGUACUACCAGCAACGCAUACAGGAUCUUCAGCUCCAAGUCCGCCAGAAAACUCACGAUCUACAGCGCCUCGAAGCCCAGCGCAACGACCUCAAUGGCCGAGUGAGGUCAUUGAAGGAAGAGCUUCAGCUUCUUCAGGAACCUGGAUCAUAUGUUGGUGAAGUUGUCAAAGUUAUGGGGAAAUCAAAGGUCCUUGUCAAGGUCCAUCCUGAAGGGAAGUACGUGGUUGAUGUUGACAAGAAUAUCGAUAUAACUAAGAUUACACCCUCAACUAGGGUUGCUUUACGUAAUGAUAGCUAUGUGUUGCACUUGAUGUUGCCUAGUAAAGUUGAUCCCUUAGUGAACCUUAUGAAAGUUGAAAAAGUUCCAGACUCUACCUAUGAUAUGAUUGGUGGUCUGGAUCAGCAAAUUAAAGAGAUAAAGGAGGUCAUUGAACUUCCCAUUAAACAUCCUGAAUUGUUUGAGAGUCUUGGAAUAGCUCAACCAAAGGGAGUUUUGCUCUAUGGGCCUCCUGGUACAGGUAAAACACUGCUUGCGAGAGCAGUUGCUCAUCAUACUGACUGCACAUUUAUCCGGGUUUCGGGUUCUGAACUGGUUCAGAAGUACAUUGGAGAAGGUUCUAGGAUGGUUAGAGAACUCUUCGUGAUGGCCAGGGAGCAUGCUCCAUCAAUCAUUUUCAUGGAUGAAAUUGAUAGCAUAGGAUCUGCUCGCAUGGAGUCCGGAAGUGGCAAUGGUGAUAGUGAGGUUCAGCGAACUAUGCUGGAGCUUCUCAAUCAACUUGAUGGAUUUGAAGCAUCCAAUAAGAUCAAAGUAUUGAUGGCAACAAAUAGAAUUGACAUUCUGGAUCAUGCGCUUCUUAGGCCUGGAAGGAUCGACAGGAAGAUUGAAUUCCCCAAUCCUAAUGGAGAGUCUCGCCAAGACAUCUUAAAGAUACACUCCAGGAAAAUGAAUUUGAUGCGAGGGAUUGAUCUGAAGAAGAUUGCUGAGAAAAUGAAUGGUGCCUCUGGUGCAGAACUUAAGGCUGUUUGCACUGAAGCAGGGAUGUUUGCUUUGAGAGAGAGGAGGGUUCAUGUCACUCAGGAGGACUUUGAGAUGGCAGUCGCGAAGGUGAUGAAGAAGGAAACAGAUAAAAACAUGUCGUUGAGGAAGCUUUGGAAGUAG